AUGAAGUGCCAAAGAAUCGCCUCGCAGGCCCUUCGCCAGGCCCGCGCACCAGCAUCGCGCGUCCAAGCUCCCUCCGUUUUCCGGAGCUCCAAAGUCGCGGCGGCAGCUCCUCUUGGCAACCGACAAUGCGCCCACCAGUUCCACUCCAAGCCGGCGCGGAAGGCUUCGAACAGCCCCGGCGAUGCGUCAAAUCCGGCAAUGGCAUUUCCAUGCCUUGACGCUCUCGAGAACCGAUCCGCGAGCCUCGAAGCACGGUACGAAUCGAGCGGCCCCGAGCCGUCUUAUACCGCCGGCGCGACAGAAGUAUACCACUGCAAGGACCCUCUCCUGCUCGACUGGGGCGGUGUUCUACCUGAAUUCGACAUCGCAUAUGAAUCGUGGGGCAAGAUGAACGCCGACAAGUCCAACGUCAUUCUCUUGCACACUGGCCUCUCGGCGUCGUCUCACGCGCAUUCGACAGAGAGCAACCCCAACCCCGGUUGGUGGGAGAAGUUCAUCGGACCGGGGUUGGCUUUAGAUACCGAUAAAUACCACGUCAUCUGCACAAACGUAAUAGGAGGCUGCUAUGGCUCAACAGGACCGAGCAGUAUCGACCCAGCAGACGGACAGCGGUACGCGACAAGAUUUCCCAUCUUGACCAUGGAGGACAUGGUGCGCGCGCAGUUCCGCCUCCUCGACGGCCUCGGCGUAGACAAGCUCUACGCCAGCGUCGGCUCGAGCAUGGGCGGUAUGCAAUCGCUCGGUGCAGGCGUCCUCUUUCCGGACCGCGUCGGCCGGAUCGUCUCCAUCAGCGGCUGCGCCCGGUCACACCCUUACAGCAUCGCGAUGCGCCACACGCAGCGGCAGGUGCUGAUGAUGGACCCGAACUGGAACAGAGGGUUCUACUACGGCAGGGUGCCGCCGCACGCGGGAAUGAAGCUCGCGCGCGAGAUUGCGACCGUCACGUACCGGUCGGGACCGGAGUGGGAGCAGAGGUUCGGCAGGCGGAGGGCGGACCCGAGCAAGCCGCCUGCGCUGUGCCCUGAUUUCUUGAUCGAGACGUACCUCGAUCACGCCGGAGAAAAGUUCUGCUUGACGUACGAUCCUAAUAGUCUGCUCUAUGUCAGCAAGGCGAUGGAUCUUUUCGACUUGGGGAGGGAGAACCAGCUCGCUGCCAACGCGAGGAGAGCAGAGCGCGAGAAGCUUCUGCAGUCUGGCGAGUCGCCCGCGCGCAAUGACGCCGCCUGCAGUCUUACGCUGCCCGAGAAGCCCUACGUGGAGCAGCCAGAAUCCAACGCCGGCACGGCCGAUCAGUCCGUCGAGGUGUCCUCCAGGCCGCCUGAAGACCUCAUUGCGGGCCUUGCGCCUCUGAGAGACACUCCCGCUCUCGUGAUUGGUGUGGCGAGUGACAUCCUCUUUCCCGCGUGGCAGCAGAGGGAAGUGGCCGAGGCAUUGAAGCUCGCGGGCAAUAGGAACGUUGCGCACUAUGAGCUGAGCGAGGAGAUGAGUUUCUUUGGACACGACACGUUCCUGUUGGAUUUAAAAAACAUUGGCGGGAACUUGAAAAAUUUCCUGGGAUAA